GCAAAAUAUGCGCGACAUCAAACAUUCUGGUGAUGGCACCGCACUUCAAAGACCCCGCCGAUCAAUACGAAGCAGAUUACGCUCGGAAAGCUUUACUCACGGCGGUUCCGGCUGUCGUAGAUGUACUUUAUUGCAUGUAAUGCGCAAUUGGUACGCACCAACCAAGAUUAUUGCACAUAGUAACGCUAAGGCAUUAGCCUGCUGCAUCAUCGAACCUACCAAGGCAAGGUACUGUACCUAACCGACCCCUCCACUCUCGCCCGACAAACACUUCCUGGGUCUACCAACCUACCUCAACCUUACCUUACAUGCCUUAGGUACAUUACCUGGUACCUAGUUUAGUUUCCACGUUUCUGUGAUUUGUGUUUGUGGUCAAAUCACCCGCGGGUUCCAAUAUACCAAAGAAGUACGACGUACUCGCAUAUUCCCAACUCACGAAACACGAAACACCCAAACUUAAUCCUCCCCUCCUCUGUGCCAUGCAAGGCUGCAGAAGCAAAGCGCUGCAGCGAGAACCAUGUCCGACGAAGUAUCGAGCUUCUUGCGAGACGUGGAGCAGUUGAAGGGACGCCGCACCGAAGAGGACGAAGCUAGGUCGAGGGAACUCGAGGAGAAGAUACUACAGGAGAGGCGUGAGAGGCAAGCCCGCCGUGAAGAGCGAGCAAGGUCCAUCUCACCACAGAAAUCCUCACCUGCAAACACUCCCCCGCCCUCGUCGCACCGAAACCAUAAAUCAUCUCAGGCAUCCCUGGAUGGUAUGAGCCUUGAGAAACCACCAAAUUUUCGAGUUCCGGAUACCGCGAAUGCCUCCAAUGAGGACAGAAUGGGCUCCCCCGAGUACCACCAGUCUACAUCUCCUACCAAAGAGAACAACUCGCCAUCCGACAUCGAUUCAAAAUCUGCGAGCAUGAUGUCUCCCACCGACGCAACAUCCCCGACACGCACACUUUCAUGGCAACGAAGACCACCUUCGCGUGGUGCUGAUCGACCAAAGAGCCGCCCCCUAUCCGUGUUCGCCGCCGAAAACGCAGUCGCUCGGUCUUCGGCUGAGCAACCCGAUUCCACACCGUCUCGAGAUCAGAUCGCGCAGUCUCUGGCAUCCAAGGACCCUGCGUGGUUCCGACAGACCGCAGACCGAGGGCAGAGCUCGCCAGCCUACCGUCGGAGUCAAGUCGAGGAUGAUUCGGAAAUAACAGAUAUGUCUGCUUUCAAGGUAGAAAUGCCAGGCAUGUCCUCGCAAUCCUCCCAGGCGUCGGCCGAUCAAAAACCGCAGUCGACUUCGACUCAUGCAAGGACCGGCUCGGCCCUGUCCCUCGGACCUCUUCAGAGGUUAGAUCCUCCGGGGGCGGAUGCCUCGCGAGAUGGCGAUUCGCCAACUCAUGAUCGAUCAUCUGUCGCAUCACCCACUCUGGGAGGACGUCGUUCCCCAACUAGGCCACUUUCCCCGACCAAAGGCAUGGGUGGCUUUGUGCAGAGCGCCAUGAUGAAAAGGACUGAUAGUGUCAAGAGGUGGAGCGUGAGUUCGCCGACUGGUUUGCAGCGCGCCGACACGGUCACGUCACACCGGAAUAGCGUUUCGGACUUGAAUCGUGGCGGCCCCCCUCAGUCAAACUCUCGACCGGCUAGCUUCUACCAGAGUGUCUCGAGACCGUCAUCACGCCCUUCAUCCAGACCGACUUCCAGUCACGCCAACGAUGCUGCGUCUCCGCCGGAAGCGAGUGCGAGUGGCAGCGGCGAGGGACCACCGGAGAGCAUCGAAGAGAAGAACACAGACAAGGAUGCCGAAGACAAGACGACGCCGCCGACAAGUCCAUCCAAGACUAUGGACCCCAGGCGUUGGAGCCCAUCCAAGAAUUCGAGUUGGCUGGAGGCAGCGCUUAACAAGCCAGACUCGCCGAAGCCGAAGCCGGCCCCACCAACAAGCUCACAGCCAGCUUGGAUGGUCGAGUUGAACAAGGCCAAGGCCCAGAAGGCUAACAAUCCCGAUGCUGAGAUUGCCCGCACAUCUUCAGUGAAGCAUGAGGUAAGGGUGGGCGGCCUGAUGCGUGCUCCACCCAUGGGUACAGGUGUGAAGCCAACACCGCUCCCCGGUAAGCUUCACUCCCAAUCAAUCUCAGUGGGAGGCGGCGAGAGGUCACCUGUCCCCAGUCUACGCAACCGCUUCUCCAACCCCGCGUUUACGUCAGAAGAUGGUGGCCAGGCCCAGGGUGCUGAAGCCGCCGAGAGGAGGGUUGGCUCUCCUGCUUUUGGCAAGCUGAAACCCGAGACACCACCAAAGAAAGAUUUCAGAGGUACUCUCAAAUCUUUCCAGCCUCCUCCGUCGGCUUCUCUUGGUGGAGAUGGCAACGAGCUCAAGAGCGUGUUCGGCAGUCUACGGAAGACCAAGACGCAGAAUUACGUUGCGCCAGACACCUUCAAGGACAAUAUUUUGCGUGGCAAGGACGCUCUCAAUGUGACGGGCGGCCCCAAACCCUCGGUACGGAAGGACGAAUUCAAGGAUGCCAUUUUGCAGAAGAAAGCCGAAUUUCAAAAGGCGAAGGAGGAGGGCCGCGGCGUUACUAGAGCGUCAGGCGACCCUCAAGAUCAACCGAUCCCAGAGGGGCUUGCCAAGGCACUGGAGCAGCGAGGUCGUCCAGGCACACUAGCUGCUACUAAGAAGGAAGCAGCGCCAUUCGAGCCCAGCCCCGAGACUACUCCCUCGAAUGCAAAGCCAGAAAGGAUCAGCAGCGUCCCUACCAGUGACCAGGAACCAGUCAGCGUUACUGCUAAACCUCACGGCAACACUGUACCCAAGGUCACAGGUGGUCGUCUUGCAGAUCGUUUCAACCCGGGCUUGGCCAAUCUCUUGGCCCGCGGGCCCCCUGGCGCCGGGGACCCGAAUAAAUCAUCGGACUCAAGCUCAGCGGCGGUACUCUCCGAGGAGCCUUCAGCCCCUGGGCCUCAGUUGACCCACAUGACUAAGGGUCGGGCGCGAGGACCUCGCAGGAAAGCGCCAACUUCAGUGGCUCGGCCAGUGCAAGCGCAGCCUUCCGAGCCCCAUAAGCCAUCUCAGUCACAACCAAAGCCCGAGCCAGCUCGGACUAGCCAGGAUGAAGGAAAUGUGUCGCAUGUUGGCAAUCCUGCGGUUAGAUCACCUACAAUUGUACAAGAGACUCAGAAAUCCCGGCCGAUAUCCGGAAGUUGCCAAGCGGGUCCGACCGAUGUGGUCAGCUUGGUAGACUCCUCCAUACACGCCGUGGCUACGGCCCAAUUACCGGCACCCGUAGGAAGUGUAAUAUCUUUGGUUGACUCAACGCGGCCACGAUCGCCAACUCGCAAGAUCCACGAACAAGUGGCCGCCCUGGCAGCUCGAAGCAAGCAAAGUGAGGCUGAUGCACCUGUAUCACAGCCAUCUUCCCCGAAGAAGUUGGACGUCAAACGCAUGUCAAAGUUUUUCGAUGAGCCAACCGAGGGCGAAGCACAGCGCCCACUUUCACCACAAAAGACCGGAGGGGCCCCGAGACCUCUCUCUCCACAAAAGACUGGUGGUAGACAAUUUCCAGAGGUAGAGGCGCCCCGAGCUCUGUCGCCGCAAAAGACGGGUGGUAGACAAUUUCCCGAAACAGAUGCGCCUCGGGCUCUGUCGCCACAAAAGACAGGCGGAAGACAAUUCCCCGAGGGCGAGGCACCACGUCCACUUUCACCGCAGAAGACUGGAGGGGCGCCCAGACCUCUUUCUCCGCAAAAGACGGGCGGCAGACAGCUCCCUGAGAUCCAAGCACCUCGAGCUUUAUCGCCACAAAAGACGGGUGGCAGAACAUUCCCUGAGAUCGAGGCACCGCGGGCUUUGUCGCCGCAAAAGACAGGUGGCAGUCGGUUCCAAGAAGGCGAACCUCCACGAGCUUUGUCGCCUCAAAAGACAGGUGGCAAUCGAUUCCAAGAAAGUGAACCUCCACGGGCCUUAUCACCGCAAAAGACGGUGGGUGGUCGAUUCGCCGAGGCCGAGACUCCUCGCCCACUCUCUGUGCAUAAGACAGGCCCAUGGCAGCAACCUGUUGCCGAGAUGCCACGCCCGCUCUCCCCUCAGAAGACCGGAGGGCGUAUGAUUUCGGACCAGGCAGCGGUGCGUCCUCUAUCGCCUCAAAAGACAGGCGGGCGUCGACUGCCCGAGGCACCUGUGUCGCCCUCAAAGGACGCUCAAGCUAGGAAGCCAAACUCUCCUUUUGAAGGUGCUUCUGCCACAAAUGAAAACCCAGUCAUUGAGAAUAUUCCACCAUCAGCACCCGAACUACAAAGGAGUGGCAUGCACUCGCGAUCCUGGUCUCAGAAUAAGAUUCGUCCGCUGCCCCUCCAGCCCCGGGAGGGCCCAAGUUCUCCUCAGCCAACGUCUCCUGUCCGCUCGCCAACCAAAUACGCCUCAGAGAUUGCGACGGAGCUCAACGAAUUCUUUGGCCGUAGCCGACCGAAACGUGAUUACAGCGUGGAUGCGGCCGAACUGUUGAUGCACCGCCCACCCGAGCCUGCAAAGGUCAAGACACAAUCGGUGCAGCUGUUCCGCAUCGACUCCGAUGGCAAGAAGCAGGCCGUUCCCGCUCACCAGGAAAGGAUGCUGUUCGAGCGCGAGAUGUACCUGUGCGGCCACACGUUCCUCGACGGGUCCGGACGCAAGACUUCUGAGGUCUACUUUUGGGCCGGCGACCAAGUUCCCCCAUCCGCCAUUGAAGACGCUCAGCUCUUCGUGGGUCGCGAGACGCGUGCUCUGGGCGGGAAGCUGAUUGGCUUCCCGCAAGGCAAAGAGACGCCUGAGUUUCUCCAGGCCUUGGGUGGGAUCGUAAUCGUUCGCCGCGGUUCCAGCAACAAGUACGACUCACUUGCUCCGAGCAUGCUUUGCGGUCGGCGAUUCCAGGGUCAGGUUACCUUUGACGAGGUUGACUUCUCCCCUCACAGCCUUUGCUCCGGUUUUCCUUACCUGAUCACACAGAACGGAAAAUGCUUCUUGUGGAAGGGGAAGGGAAGCGAUGUGGACGAGCUCUCGUGCGCCAGGCUGAUAGGUAUGGACCUGGCCCUGAUGGGUGAGCUUGUCGAGGUCGACGAUGGUAACGAGCCCCCCGAGUUUUGGAACAUAUUUGAUGGCCAGAUGCGGGCUGGGUCUGCUGAUCAUUGGCGACUGAAGCCAAACUAUCAAAAAUACUGCGGUAGACUGUUCCGCUCCGAUGCUGGUGAUCAGCAACAGAUUGCAGAGAUUUCCCCCUUCAGCCAGGUGGAUCUUGAUCCUGCAGGCAUAUACAUCAUUGACUGCUUCUUCGAGAUGUAUAUAGUUGUUGGGUAUGGUGCUCAACCCCAGUACGCCUCAUUCCGCAACGCACUCGACUUUGCGCAAGAAUACGCCAUACUUGCAUCCUCCAUGGAAGACCGCCCGUUUGUGCCCAUAUCGACCGUCGUGCUCGAGGGCAUCCCGAGGGAUCUCAAGAGCGUUUUCCGCAAGUGGAGGGAUGCCGCAAGUCCGACAAAGAUGAAUGCAGGUAGCAGCGGUUCAAGCAACGGCAACACACCUCUUGGAAGCCCUGGGUUGCAGAGGGGUCGGAGCCUGCGCAUCGUCCCGCUCAACCAAGCGCUUUUGGCGUUGGCCGAAUAGACGUGGCAUCGAACUUUUACAAAAGAAAUAAGAAAAAAAAGCCUCUAUGGAAAUUGUGCUGUACAUACCCGGCACUUGUCAUUUUAUCUUCUUUACAUCUACUUAUUCUCACAUAACCAUUUGUUACCGGCAGACUUUACGGCUGUCGGCUUGUUUUUUUUUCGCUUUUGUUCGUCUCUUUUCAAACGAAUUCUCGUACUCAUCUGUUCAUUGUAUUCUAUUGUGGUUUAUAUAUCGUCUAUGCAUUUUACCCCCGGACCAUGAACCUAGCACCACCUAUGGAUGCUGAUUGAGGGGCAAGCUGUGGAGGACGUCUCUUUGGUAUAUACAAUAGUUUACUGUGAUCGGAGCUCAUUCAGGUCGUGUUUUGGGGGCAUGGCAGUCUGUUUUAUUUGCUCGAGGGUCGGUCGAACGAAAGAAAAGAAAGAGAAAAGGAGAGAUAUCGAUCAUCCAGCGUGACGAAUAUUAUGACGGUGAUCCAUUAGAUGUGAGUCUAGUUCUUGUUGCUGUGCUGUGUAUGUCGAGUGGUUUUUCUGC